GUCUUGGUUGUGAUUGAAGGAGACAGCUCAUUUUUGGAAGUCUCAGGGUCUGGUUAAGGUGGGAACUCUUGUAUCCAGGAGCAAUCUCCUCCAGUGAGCUGGCUGGAAACUGGGACUUCUAGACUUGAGAUCUCUCUGCCUCUUGCAAGGCAGCUCUGUAGGUGCAGGUCCCAGGCUUGCUCCCUGUCCAGGAAAAGAAGGAAACAACAUCUGUGCAGUUAUAAUCAUCCCCGCCCAACAGCCUGCAGAGGACCCAGGCCUGGCCCAAGCAGGGAGCCUGGAGCCUGAGGGAAUGGCCCCUGAGAACCGCAGACCCUCACCCCAAGAGUUGGUGACCUUCAAGGAUGUGGCUGUGGACUUCAGCCCAGAGGAGUGGGGCCUGUUGGACCCGGAUCAGAAAGAGCUGCACAAGGAGGUCAUGCUAGAGAAUGCCGAAAACUUGCUCUCCCUGGGUAAGGAGCACUACCUUUGGAAUCUGGAACUGCCAUCAAAAGGAGUGUCACCAUCGCCUCCCUGGGGUGCAGAGUUUCAGGCUUUUAUCACUUCUCAGAAAGGCCCAAGGGCUGCCUCCUGUCCCUGAGACACAAAGCCCUCCUGCUGCCUGGUUCUUUUAUGACUGGUCUUUACAUUGUAGGAUGGGAAUCUGGUAGUUUUGUCUGCAAACCUUCUGAAAAGCAAUCCUGCCCCUUGUCAUUGAACAUGGGAUAGGAGAAGGAACCCCCUUCCUCUUGGCGGGAACCAUCUUGUCUUUGCAAUGCUCUUUUUGGUAA